GAUAAUUCCGACUGAAUUAAUAUGAAUUCUUGAUAUUUUUUAGAUCAGGUGGAAGUAAAGGUGAAGUUGAAACAAAUUUAAAAACUGAAAUACUCAAAAACUAUCAUUGGGAUAUAAACCAAUCUCAUGCCAAUAACUUUAUCUGAUUAUAUGGUGGAAUAAUCUUAAAACUUCUGUUUAAUUUUGUAGAUUUUUCCAAAUUAUUGUAUUUUUCAAUUUUGAGUAGUACAAAAACAUUACUACCCAUACCAACCUAUAUAGAUUUCAGUAUACAGUAGUCAUACCAUGCACAUUAAUUUCCAUAUUUCGAACAGCCCUCAUCAAUUCCAUAAAAAGUUAAUUCAUUACUUGGAGUGAUGAACUAAUAUCUUUGGGAAUUAUAAUUUUAUACAUCAAUGUAUUGACGAUGAACUAUUACCCUGUAGUUUUUGAUGUCGUUAUUGAUGCCUUUACAAAUUGGAUAACACCAUAUUCUAUUCCUAUCGUAACACAGCCAGUUGAUUGCUUUGAUCGUAAUAUAGUAUGUCAAGAAACUCUAGUACUUUGUUGAGACUAGAAUUAAUCCUAAAACCACUUAUAGUAUUGAAAAAAAUAGCAACUUUUGAUUUGAGCACAAAGAGGCCAUACAAGUAUUUAAUUUUUUUUCUAUUCUCCUGGAAACUGUUUCUUGUAAUAAUGGAAAUUUACUUGUUUCAUGCAUUACUUCCCAAUAUGGAACGUUUACAUUCGAGGGUAAUGGAGAAAUACACAAGUUUCAUCGUACAUUGCUUGAAUAUUUCAACGCAUGUCGUUUCUUUGUUUUCCAAUUCAAGCUCCUACUUGAAAUAUUGCGACAAAAUAUUCUGGAAGUAUAAAAUAACCACGAGAAAAGCUUUCUUUCUCAAAUUGAGGUGGUGCAUGUUGAUCGAGUUUUUGGCGGAAGAAUCUGUAUUGCUAUGUAGAUUAAUAAUGAUUUUCAAAGCUCCUCAAAUGACUGUGGUUAUGUACAUGCAGACGCUUUGUUUUGUUCAUUCGGAAAUUCUACUUAGUGUUAAUAUAAGCGAAUUUAGCUUCUCGUUGAUCACCCUAGCUCUUUCAGCUGAUAUAUUCGACAAAAAAUUUCAGAAUACUUCAAUGGCUCAAAGUAUAACAUGCUAUAUUGGUUUUAUCAAAGAAGUAAGAAUAUGCUGCAAGAUGAUUCUUGGAAAUUUUUCGAAUAUUGUUGUGUUCACGCUGUUCCAGUAUUUUUUCAUGGUUACCUACACGAUUUUAGCGUUAAAAAUAGACACAGAGGGGGAACUGCAACCAGAGGAUUUCAAAUACUACUGGAUCGGACUAUCCAUUUUCAGAGUCCUCAAAAUUAUAUCAGCGUGCUGUUUUUUAACGGUUGUGAACGACCAGAUGCUCGACUACUUGAAAAUAUCCUCUCCAAAGAUGUGCACUAGAGAUAAGAAGGAGGUGCAUUGGUUCUUUCUAGGACUUCUUCAUGAACCGCAUCUCAUGGAAAUAAAAAGUUCGCUAGUGCUCAAUGGAGCAUUACUCUUCAGUGCGUUGAGCUCUAUAACAACCUAUGCAGUUAUCCUCCUACAACUGGAUGAAGAUCAAAACUACUAGAUAUUAUGAAUAUAACAAUACAAUAAUUCUGGAAUUAAUACGUUUUUGAGUAGAACAAUGGU